GAUUCUCCGUCAUUCGCGAGAUAACGACUCCCCCGGACGCCGCAGCGACCGAAGGCGUAGGCCCUCCUCCUCCUCAGUCCCCCCUGUUUCCUCCGUUGAUUCGGUGAGAUCCCGCGCGCGGGCGAAGACGGAUACCCUCUCUCCGCGAGGGGACUUUACACUCCGCAGCGCGAGCCCCUUUCCCCCCACCUUCCUCCUCCUCCUCCCCCUCCUCCUCCUCCUCCUCCUCACUCCCUCUCUCGGCUCCCUCACUUCAUAUCCGCCCGAUUUCGGAACCAGAAACCCCCCGACAGUUACCUCGUUUCGGGCUGCCGAAGCAGGCGGGGGGGGGGAUGACUCUGGAGUCGAUGAUGGCGUGCUGCCUGAGCGAGGAGGCGAAGGAGUCGAAGCGGAUCAACGCCGAGAUCGACAAGCAGCUGCGCCGAGACAAGCGCGACGCCAGACGGGAGCUGAAGCUGCUCCUCCUCGGCACGGGCGAGAGUGGUAAGAGCACGUUCAUCAAACAGAUGCGCAUCAUUCACGGCGCGGGCUACACAGACGAGGACAAGCGUGGCUUCACCAAGCUCGUCUACCAGAACAUCUUCACCUCCAUGCAGGCCAUGAUCCGUGCUACCGAGACGCUGAACAUCGGCUACAAGUACGACCAGAACAAGGCCAACGCCAUGCUAUUGAAGGAGGUGGACAUUGAGAAGGUGAUGUCCUUUGACCAGCCGUACGUCAGUGCCGUUAAGAUGCUGUGGUCCGACCCCGGGAUCCAGGAGGCUUAUGACCGCCGCAGGGAGUACCAACUCUCUGACUCCACUAAAUACUAUCUAUCCGAUCUGGAUCGAAUCGCUGAUCCAUCCUACCUGCCCACCCAGCAGGACGUGCUUCGGGUUCGAAUCCCGACCACAGGGAUCAUCGAGUACCCAUUCGACUUGCAAAGCAUCAUUUUCAGGAUGGUGGACGUGGGAGGACAGAGGUCAGAGCGCCGGAAGUGGAUCCACUGCUUUGAGAACGUGACGUCCAUCAUGUUUCUGGUGGCGCUGAGCGAGUAUGACCAGGUCCUGGUGGAGUCCGACAAUGAGAACCGUAUGGAAGAGAGCAAGGCACUUUUCCGUACGAUAAUCACAUAUCCCUGGUUCCAAAACUCUUCCGUCAUUCUCUUCCUGAACAAGAAGGACCUCCUAGAGGAGAAGAUCUCCUACUCCCACUUGGUCGAUUACUUCCCAGAGUUUGAUGGACCCCAGCGGGACGCGCAGACGGCGAGGGAGUUCAUCCUGAAGAUGUUUGUGGACCUGAACCCAGACAGCGACAAGAUCAUCUACUCGCACUUCACCUGCGCCACAGACACGGAGAACAUCCGCUUCGUCUUCGCCGCUGUGAAGGACACCAUCCUGCAGCUCAACCUGAAAGAGUACAACCUGCUGGGCGAGGGUGUUGGCGACACUUCUUGUUUGCCCUCCAGCCGUCUCCGGGUUUUGCCAAAGCCUAUCCACUUUCUCUCGUCGGCAGCUCGUGUCAAAAGGCCCUCCAUGCCUUCCCCUCGAAUUUCACCACCGGGACGUCAACCUCUUGAGAUUCGAUGGGGCGGGGGCUUGGUUCUGAUCCUCGCCCAUUUUUUGGUUUUGUUUUUGUUUGUUUUUUUUAUUUAAAUUUUAUGCAAAAUCGUGAAGGGUUUCGUCGCAGUCAGUCGGGCAGUGACGGUGCAGACGCGGCUCGGGCUGGUCUCCAUACGGACCAGAACACACCAAAACGCUGCCGUGGAAAUCGGAAGUGAUGUCCCUCACCCUCCCUGCCCCUCCCGCAAUCCCCUUGUUUAUUGAUGGAAUGGAUUAAUGGAUAUUUUUUUGGACCAUCCUGCAAAAAAAGAAAACAAAAAUUAAAAAAGGUUGAGUCCUGUUCACACACUCGUACAUGUACACGAGGACGAGCACUGUGGUGCCGGAAGCUCAGGAAUGUGGUGCCACAUUCCGGUGCAUCCUAGGACUCGGGGGAUUCCAGCGUACUAUAGUUAUCCAGAGGAUUUCGGUGCAUUUUAGAACCCAGAAGAUCCCAGCACACUCCGCCAGUGGCGUAGAGAACCAUUCCCUCUCGGAGCUCAGCACUGCACCAAGGGUAGACUUCAGUUUGCAUCGAUGAAUGUAGACUUAAAGGGAGUGCAUCGCAUCUGCAAAAGAAAAAAAUUGAACGAAAACAAAAGUGCAUAUAUAAAUAAAAUGUUAUGAAGCAUGAGGAGAGGGGAAACAGUGACAAGUACAUUGCUGAGAUGAUUGUUUUAAGAAAACAACAUUUUUUAUUGAAUAAUUAUAGCUACUUCUACUGCUAUCAGAUGAAUUAUAACAGCACCUGAAUCAACGAUGGGUUAAAAAAAAAAAAAUCUGGAAUUUUAAGGAUUUCUCAAUGUGUAAAACAUAUAUGGAUGGGAUCGUAAUCAUACAGUAGUUAUUGUUUUGGAGUGCACCAUAAACAUACAGUAGGCAUUGUUUUGAACUGGUUCAUAAUCAUAUAGUAGUUAUUCUUUUGGACUGGACCAUAAUCACAAAGUAGGGAUUGUUUUACAGGUUUGUUUUUUAACUUCCUUCCCCCAUUUAGUUUCUGAAGUGGUUUCCAUAGUGACUGCUUCCUUCUUGCAUUGCCACCAACCUGCUACAUAUUCCUGCACGAGUAUUCCCAUUUUCUGGAUACGUUCGGAUCAGUUCUGUCGGUUUGAAUUCUGGAUUAUCUGACGUUGUCACCAACUAGUGACCGUGACGCACACAACCUUUUGUUUGUUUACGCUAUUAUUUUUUAAUUACAAUUACAUCAUCUUACUGAUUAAUAAGAGUUUGCGGAGACAGAUGUAGGUUACUUUAGCUUUGGGGGUGGGAGCUAGCGUUAACAUGAAGGGGGAGGGGUCGUAAAUGCGCUGAAGUUAAUUGAUUGUGUAUAUUUAUAUUUGUAAAUACGUAUACACAUUAUAUGCUUAUAUAAAAAAAGUCUGUGGUAUACUAUCUUUGGCAAAAUGGAGAAAAAAAAAGAAUCACUCUUCGUAAUUGUGUACGGUUUUGGUUGCUUUCUUAUGAAUUACAAUAUUAUUGAUACUGUGAUUACUCUUUUUUUUUGUUUUGUUUUCUUAACUAUAAUGAUACAGAUGAUGAACACGUAGCUGUAUGUAACGGUAACGUGUGGAUGACAGAACAAGCGGUUAUGAGCAAUAGUCUGAGAAUCUCUAAGACAUCACGGCGCUUCAGGGAAACCUCCGAAACGUUUUUGGUCUGGUUUCCACGGAGACCACGCAUACCGUUCCUCAUGGGUGUGAAUGUUGCUAUUCUCAAAAUAUAAAGAUAUUUAAAAAAGAUUGUUGAGCGAACGACAAAAACAUAAAUAAAGGAUGGUUUAUUUAUCUAAUUUAUGGACCAGCUAUGAAGUUGUUAGGGUCUUUUCUGCUGUAUAAAUCCAAUGAAAAGGAUUAAAUGAACUUUUAUUGCAUUUCAUUUUGAUUCCCCCCCCCAAGACAUUUCUUGCCAUCUUGUAUUUGCGGUAUAUUAUUGUAUAGUAUUUGAGUUUCUGCUUCCACUUUUUUAUCCCCUCCUUUUAACUUUUUAUCCAAGUUUCUCACGGUAAAAUACCCAAAACACAGAUAGGAAACUAGCACAUGAAAGGAAACCAUCGUAAUAUCAGUGAUGGAAGACCUGCUUGGUCUGAACUUCCAUCUAGACGAGUAGAGACUUGUCCUGGUUUCUUCUUCCCUUAUAAAAACGUGGCUUGCAUUCACUAUUAUGUAAAUUAUGCACUGGCAGGAAGAAAAAAAUCUUUUGAAGUUCUACACAGGUUACCUUUCAUUCUGUGUCAUCAAGGGCUAAUCCACCCCUCCCACCCCACCAGACAAAGAACAAGGGGUCCAAGUUCAAACUAUUUUCUGAAGGACUGGGAGUUUUAUGAGUAUUUUAUGGCUUUUAAAGUAUCGGCUGCUUGUAUAUGAUCAGAACCACACCCCGACAUGCAGGUUCACCGACCUGGGUCCCAAACCAUCACAGAAAUCCUUGAUGACUGGUCUUAAGUAUUAAAAAGGGUAAAGAUCUAUGUUUUUCCUUUCCCACAUUAUAGAUGUGAAAACCAACAGGCAUGUUGGGCCACAUAAGUCAGUAUUUCUACUUGGGUCUUAAUGUCCUAGAAGCUAUAGAACCUACUAGCAUAGCAUGGCUUCCUCACGUAGACAUGAAGCUAGUUUAGAUGCACCAUUUUAACAUUCAUACAGUAAAUGUCUUUGGUUUAUUAAUACUAUAUGUAUAAAAUCAAGCUGUUUUUUUUCUCUGCAGAAAUCAUGUCCCUUCUGUAUGCAUUUCUUUGUAUGUCUGCCUUUUAGUUUUAAUUUGUUGAUUUAAGAUCACCAUUAAUUUUUAUCAUUAACCAGUAACUGCAGUAUGGAAUGGGAGUCUCUGGAUGCUAACACUACAAGCAAGUACUCGGAGCAUUGGGAAUGCUGAAGUUUGAAAACUAUUGAUUGUAGAGGAUGUACAUGUUUGUCCUGCAUGUAGGACUUUUUAUAAUGUGUAAAUUUGAUUUAUUUUAUAUGCACUUUCUUUCAAAACAUUUUUGUUUCUUAUGCCAGAAAGUAAAGCCAGGAAAUGCUUCGGAGACCCCUUCAAAGACCAGGCCAGCGUAAAUAACUAGUACUAUUGUCUUUGAACUGAUGCAAGCCCAGACACACAGCAGUUUGCCAUCAUCAUAGUAGUGGGAAAGGGGGUGGUUUCUUUUUUUGGUUUUGUUUUGUGUUUUUUGUUUUUGUUUUUACUUUAGUUUGGUCAAAAAAUGUAAUUUGCCCAGGGCCCCAAGGAGAACAUCCAACUCUGUGCAUAAUGUGACAUUUAGAGCAUGUGCAGUAUCAGGAAUGGUUAAGAGAAAUGGUGCCCGAAUAUUCAGAGGCUGUAAACAUCUCAAGACUCGGAACACAUUCUGCUCCUUUCUGAACCCAUUUACCUGGUUAGCUGGUUGAGUUUCUCCUGUUGAUGACAGCGUGCUGGUUUCUGAUGAUGUAGGUACUUCGAACAUUGUUGUAUCACUAUACACCUUUCCCUAACCCCGCAUUCCCUGUGCCACAUCAGAUAUUGUGCCGACAGAUCAGUACGACUCUUGGGCUCAAAUUGGAAUGCCGAUUGGUCAGAUUCUGUGAGACGGUUUCAAGCUUAACAGUAUUGAUAGUUGUGCGUGAUUUUACAGUGUUUGGUUUAGCGUUUCCUUGGUACCUGACAGAUCGGACAGCAUUUAAGGUGGUACGCCUCGCAGAAUUGUGGCCCGAGCCAUUCAACCGGCAGCCGAACAGAGACACGCGUCUUCUGUCAGUCUCUAGCAAGAGUGUUUUCUUCCUAAAGUGAGCUGACAGCAGCUUUAGAUCUUCCUGAUGGCACGGUAUUGGAAUGACUGACACCCUGGAGACUACGUACGGAGGGGUGAGACCGUAAAUCUGAGCAGUUAAUACCAGAACUUGUAUAGCUAUUCAUGAAGAGACCUCUGGUUCAGACCCCUAUAGAGUUGCGUUGUUUUAUUUUAGAACACAUCAGCUGAACACUAUUGAAUCUACAACUACUUUUCACUUCUCUCAUUGGGACAGGUUGAUUAUUUGUGAUGUAUGAAAGAUUCAUUUCUCUCCCUCUCUUUCGCUCUUUCUGCCUUUUCUUUAUAAGUAUACCAAAUGUAAAUGUUGUAUUAUAUUGAGUGUGCCAAUCCCCUCCUUUGAAACUGACUCUAUACAAGUGCCAAUUGUUGUCCAAAUCACGUGAGGACCGGGUUAAAAAAAAAAAAAAGGCCCCCCCUUUUAAAACCAACUGAAACACUAAAUAAGAGAAAAAUGACUUUAUUCUGUAUUUAAGAUUUAAGAGAAACUGCUGUUUUUUUGUUGUUGUUUGGGUUUUAAUUUUUCCUUUUUUAAGAAAUUGUGAUUUUUAAAUGCAUGUGCUCUGUGUUGGGGUUGGAGUUAUAGGUUGAGAAGAUGUUGAUAUUGAAACCCUCAGGAUGAGGGGUUAUUGAUUAUUGAUUUACAUCAUUCUUGCCAUAUUUUUGUCUUUAUUUGUACUGUUUCAUUUCAACCACUGUUGCCUGAACCUCAUUCAAACAUGAAAGAUUUUCAUAACCGCCUUCUAAAAAAAUAAAUAAAUAAAUAAAAAUUAAUAAAGUAUCUGUUUUAAAUUUAAAUAAAUUUGUUCCUAUA